CGCACUGCUGACGUCCACCGAAGGCGCCGUUUAUGCUUCACUUUUCUUUGGGACUACUUGGCCUGCCACCGCGAAUUGCCCUACCGCCACCUUUGCCCCCCGGUGAUAGUUCAAGUGUAGAAGAUGGCUCAGACCACUACUGAGGGCGCGUCAGAGAUUGUGGAGGGUGUAAGAUUCAGUUUCAUGACUGAUGAAGAGGUCAGGAAGCUUAGUGUUUUAAAGAUUACAAAUCCCAUUUUACUUGACAGUGUUGGAAGACCAAUGCCAGGAGGAUUGUAUGAUCCUCUGUUAGGCCCGAUGGACGAGAAGGCACCCUGUAAGUCGUGUAGGCAGCAGUCAUUUGAUUGCCCAGGUCAUUGUGGGCACAUUGAUCUUGUUUCACCAGUAUACAAUCCCUUGCUCUUUGAUAUGCUUUUCAACCUAUUACGAAGGACCUGCUUCUUUUGCCAUCAUUUUAGAGUGGGUAAAGAGGAGGUUGACAUUUGCACUUCUAAACUAAAGAAGAUAGCAAAGGGUGAUGUUGCUGGGGCUAAAAAUUUUGUCAGUAAUUCGGAUAGCAAAGAUAUUGAUUUGGAGGACAGUGAUGGUAGCCAUGUCUCAAGCUCUACACUAUUCUCUGGUUCACAAAGUGACAGCUCUGAACAAACACAGCAGGAGUUUUGGACAUCUAUUCAGGAUAUAGAAGCAAAGUCUGUUUUGAAAGAAUUUUUGGCUAACGAUAGCAAGUCCUGUAAAUACUGCGAAGCUAAAAACCCGAAGAUCAGUAAGCCCACAUUUGGAUCGUUUCGAAUGGACAUGACUGUUGCUGAUGCAGAAAAGAACUAUAUAAGAGGUUAUCAGUUAGGAGGUAUUCGAUACGAGGAAGAGCUGCAAGGUGGCGAAGAGGACAAGACUUCAGAGGUGAUAAAUGUUAAUGAACAAUCAGAAGAUGACAGAGCUGAUACUGCUGGAACCAAUUCAUUUUCAGCCACCUCAUCUAACAGAAGAAAUGUAAAGAAGAAAAGUUCCAAAGUGUCCACUGACUUCAAAGAGCUGAAAAACAACUAUUCAGGCUCUCUUUUACCAUCUAGGGUGAUAAAUAUAAUCAAGGAAUUGUGGGAAAACGAGGCGGAUCUUUGUUCAUAUAUAUGCGAUAUCCAGCAGGAGCGGUUAACUAGAUCUUCCAAAAGUACUAGUUACUCCAUGUUCUUUUUAGAGGCCUUGCUUGUACCCCCUACAAAAUUUCGUCCUGCUGCCGUGGCGGGUGAUUCUGUUAUGGAGAAUCCACAGACGGUGUUACUAGGCAAGGUGGUACAGUCCAAUAUAGCGUUGGGAAAUGCUCAUAUCAACAAACUUGAAGGAUCAAAGAUUGCUGAUCGCUGGAGGGACUUACAGCAGUCUGUGAAUGUUCUAUUCGACAGCAAGACUGCCACAAGUCAAAAUCUGAAAAAUGCAAAUACUGGGAUAUGCCAGUUGCUUGAGAAGAAAGAGGGAAUCUUUCGCCAGAAAAUGAUGGGAAAGAGAGUUAACUUUGCAUGCCGGUCCGUCAUUUCACCUGACCCUUAUCUAGCAGUUAAUGAGAUCGGAGUUCCUCCUUAUUUUGCCUUGAGAUUGACUUACCCGGAGAGAGUGACUCCUUGGAAUGUUGCAAAACUGAGGGAGGCUAUCAUUAAUGGUUCGGAUGUCCAUCCGGGAGCGACCCAUUUUGCUGAUAAGGUGUCAACUGUCAGGCUACUCCGAGACAAAUAUAAGCGUAUUUCAGUAUCCCGAAAGUUACCAUCUUCUAGAGGCGUGGCCAUACAAUCCAAAAAUGGCUGUAACUACGAAUUUGAGGGUAAAGUUGUGUAUCGGCACUUGCAGGAUGGAGAUAUUGUUCUUGUGAACCGGCAGCCCACACUUCACAAGCCCAGCAUAAUGGCACAUGUAGUUCGAGUACUGAAAGGAGAGAAAACUCUUCGAAUGCAUUAUGCAAAUUGCAGUUCCUACAAUGCGGAUUUUGACGGAGACGAAAUGAAUGUUCAUUUGCCGCAAGAUGAGAUCUCUCGUGCAGAAGCCUACAACAUUGUGAAUGCAAACAAUCAGUAUAUAGUUCCAACAAGGGGAGAUACUGUUAGAGGCUUAAUUCAGGAUCAUAUAGUUAGUUCUGUACUUCUCACAAUGAAGGAUACAUUCUUAAGCCGUGAAAUGUUCCAUCAACUUCUGUAUGCUUCUGGCGUGUUUGCUGGGGGAAGUUCACGACGUGGUAAAAUUUCUAUAGCUGAUAAAGGGUGCUUUGUGGAGCAUGUACUUCCAGCAGUGUGGAAGCCGAAGCCUCUUUGGACUGGGAAGCAGGUCAUAACAGCAAUAUUAAAUCAUUUGACUAGAGGUUAUACACCUUGUAUUGUUGAUAACAAGGUGAAGAUCCCAGAGCAGUAUUUCCUAGGAAAGGAGGCCAAACAGGAUAAAAGCAAAACCAAUAAACGUCGAAAGAAAGAACAUGCAGAAUCUGAAAGAGAGGCUCAGAAAGUUGACCUAAAAGAGGUUGAUGAAACCAGGUUGUUGAUUUGGAAGAAUGAGCUUGUGUGUGGUGUUAUAGACAAAGCUCAGUUUGGCAAGUAUGGUUUGGUUCAUACUGUGCAAGAGCUAUACGGAUCUGACGUUGCAGGACUUCUGCUUGGAGCUUUUAGUCGAUUAUUCACUAAUUUUCUACAGUUCCAUGGAUUUACUUGUGGUUUAGACGACCUCAUGGUGUCGCCAGAUUGCGACAAAGAAAUGAAGUUGGAACUUGAAGGUGAAGAUGUAGGUGAAAAGGUUCAUCGCAAAUUUGUCAACUUGGAGAACCAAAGAACUGGCACAAGAGAGCUGCAACUGGAAACUGAGAAAAUAAUACGAAGCAACGGUGUGACAGCCACCGCAAGCUUGGAUAAUCUCAUGCAGACAGAACUGAGGGAUAAAGGUUCUAUGAUUAGCAAAAAAUGGUUGCCAAAAGGAUUGUUAAAACCUUUUCCUCAGAACUGUGUUUCCCUUAUGACAAUUAGUGGUGCUAAAGGUAGUUCGGUCAACUUUCAACAAAUAUCCUUUCUACUUGGUCAACAAGAGUUGGAAGGCAAAAGAGUGCCUCGAAUGGUUUCAGGGAAGACUUUACCUAGCUUUUCGCCUUGGGAUUUCACUUCUAGGGCUGGUGGUUAUAUUAUCGAUCGUUUUUUAACUGGUCUUCGCCCACAAGAGUAUUAUUUCCACUGCAUGGCUGGCCGGGAAGGGUUGGUUGAUACGGCAGUCAAAACCUCACGCAGUGGAUAUCUACAGAGGUGCCUUAUAAAGAAUCUUGAGAGCCUGAAAGUCUCCUAUGAUUACACAGUUCGUGAUGCUGAUGGCUCCAUUGUUCAAUUUUGUUAUGGUGAAGAUGGGGUGGAUGUGCAUCAAACUAGCUUUCUUAACAAUGUUGAAGUGCUGAGAGCUAAUCGAGAAAUAGUAUGCMAAAAAUUAAGUGAGCCACUUGAAUUCAAUUGGUAUAUUCGAGAGUUGCCGAAAGGCCUUGAAGAUAAAGUUCAAAGUUCCAGACAGAAGGUUAAGAAGGAGAACCGAGAUGAUUUGUUGAUGCUUCUAAGACAAAAGUAUCUCUCCAGUCUUGCCCAGCCAGGAGAGCCAGUUGGUGUGAUUGCUGGUCAAUCGGUUGGUGAACCAUCGACCCAAAUGACGCUCAACACUUUUCAUCUUGCUGGACGUGGUGAGAUGAAUGUUACCCUCGGUAUUCCACGUUUGCAAGAGAUCUUAAUGACGGCUGCAGCUAACAUAAAGACUCCCAUCAUAACAUGCCCCCUGCUAGAAGGCAGAUCAAUGGAAGAUGCUGAGAGACUUGUGGAAAAAGUAAAGAAGCUGACAGUUGCAGAACUUAUGCAGAGUAUUGAAGUCUCAAAAUUGCCACUUGUAAUUCACAACAAUCGACCCUGCAGAAUAUAUAAGCUUAUGGUGAAGCUCAAACAACCGAAACAUGUAUCACUAAAGAAUUGUCAGCAAACCCUCAGAAAUGUUUUUCUAAGGGCAUUAGAGGAUGCAAUUGAAAGACAUGUUGCUUUGCUAUCCCGAAUUAAUGGAAUCAAAAGUGUUAAGAGCUCAAAAGCGGAGCGUUCAAGUGAGGCAGAGGAAGAUGAUGAUGAUGCUGUUGUGGAUAAAGCAGAUGAAGAUGAUGGGGGCGAUGAUGAUGAUGAUGAUGACAUAGAUGAAACAGCCGAGGAUCUUGGUGCAGAGUUCAAUAAAAGGAAACGUCAAGCUACAGAUUCAGUGGAUUACGAGGAUGGUUCUGAAGAGGAGGAGGCACCCUCAGAACUUGAGAGUGAAGCUGAUCAGGCCAAUGCUGGUACUGGAAUCGGAACUGAUGAUGAAACAGACGGAGAACGCCCAGCAGAGGAACAAGAAAAAGAAGAAGAAAAAGAUGCGGAUAAAGCAAACCCUAAAUCUGAGGAAUUUGUGGAGAGAAAAUUCGACAGGGCAAUAUUUGUGGAAGUUAAGAAUUUGAAUCUUGAAGUCCAUUUCAGGUUUACAAAUGAACCAGAAAUUCUGCUGGCAGAGGUUGCGCAGAAGGCUGCAAAGAAAGUUUACGUCAAGGGCUCUGGAAAACUUGACCAAUGCCAACCGGUCAAAUACAGUGUAAACGUAAAACAAGUCUGUUGGAAUCAAAACCACCCAGAACUCAACAAACUUAAAGAAAAAAUGAAGAACUCGGAAAAUAAGAAGAAAGAGGACGAAGGGUGUUUACCGUGUGCAUUGCAGGCUUCUGGAGUAGAACUUCCUGCAUUUUGGGAUAUGGAAGAAGACCUCGAUGUUGACCAUGUUUAUUCCAACAACAUAUACACCAUGCUCAACACUUAUGGAGUAGAAGCUGCCAGAACCAGCAUCAUAUUGGAAAUGAAGAACGUCUUUGGGAGUUAUGGUGUCGAGAUUGAUUAUAGGCACUUGAGCCUUAUCGCCGAUCACAUGACUCAUUCUGGUGGGUACAGGCCCAUGAGUAGAUUUGGCAGCAUAUCGGAAUCGAUAUCUCCUUUUCUUAAGAUGUCAUUUGAGACUGCAUCCAAGUUUAUCGUCGAAGCUGCAACUCAUGGGUUGAAGGAUAACUUGGAGACACCAACGGCUAGGAUCUGCCUCGGUUUGCCGGUUAAAGUCGGUACUGGUUCGAUGGAGGUGAUGCAGAAAUUGGAUAUGUAAGUGGUUGGUUGCGUUUUGUAUUUGACAUCUGCCAUUUUGUAGAACAAAAUUCUGUGGAGACAGUGAUGAGGUCUCAGUUUUGCCAAUACCAUUUGAUUUAGUGAUGAUGGAUCAAAAAUGUUACUUGUAUUAUUACGUGUUUAUGCAUGAGGUUUUAUGAUUUCGAAUUUUCAAAA